UAUGUGGGGCGUUCUCCCUCAACUCAUUCUAUUCUCAUUCUUUUCUUUAUCACACUUGGUCUCCUGCCGCCUUUAUUUCACUACGUCCAGCUGUGGAAAAAAAGCGUUGGCUAGGGUAGAAGCGGCUGAGAGAGAGGCAGUCGCUGGCUGUUUGUGGUGAUUGCUGUAGAAAUGGAGUGUUUCAAUGACCUCCUCCACAAACUGAAGGAGGUCCAUGAGCGAGAAAUAGAAGGAUGGCAGGUGAAAGUUCAAGAGCUGUCCAACAAGAAAGGCUGUGACACAAAAAGAAUGGAGGAACUUUUUACCAGAAACCAACAGAUGAAAGAACAACACAGAUUACUCACCGAGAACAUUAAGGUUCUGGAAAACAGGCUUAGGGCUGGGCUGUGUGACAGAUGUACAGUCACUCAAGAGGUAGCCAAGAGAAGACAACAGGAAUUUGAAGCCUCCCAGAUACAGAGCCUCCAGCACAUCUCUCUACUUGCUGGAGAGAUGAACAACCUGAAAAAAGAGAACAAGAAACUUAAAGAUGAAAUCAGAAACUUAAAAGCAGCACUUGACAAAGGUCACAGUGACCACUCUUCCAAUAGUAGCACCACCACAGAGGUCAAGCCAAACUCUUCCCCUGCCCUUUCACCCUCAUCUGGAAUCCUGUCCCUUGUCAAUACAACAACCAGCAGGGCAAGCAACAAGCCAGCAGAUGGCAACAUUUCAGUAAAGCCUGAUGUCGAACUGAAAACUGAAGAAACCGAAGGCAGACAGUUAAGAGGAAUCAACCGAAGCCAGUUUGAUGCUCUUCCAAUGUCAGCCCUCACAUUGCCAUCAUGGAAGAAAGAACACUUUGUAACUCGUGCUGGAGAGAAGAGAAUUCAAAAUGUUGAAGGACUCGACCAGUGUUCCUCCAUGCCUACUAAUUCUCUGCUUAGGAGAUCUUCUGUCUCAGCUGCUGGAGAGGUGCGACCCGGCAGACAUGUUGUCCAUGCUCCUGUCGCCCGACAUCCUCAAGCAAUCAACAGCAGCUCUGCUUCUCUUCGCUGGUCCCUAUCUGAAUCAUCUGAUUGGAUUACUGCUGGCACCAACCCAGUAGUGCAAACUUCACCCAAUCUACACUCGCAACAUUUUCACAGCUUGAACCCAACUAGGCAACAGGCCAGCCCUAGAAGGCAGGUUUUUAGUCCUCCGUUUCCUAAGCAAAGCAACGUUCAGCCCCCUGCCAGAGAGCCAACUGUAGUUUUCCGAUUGACAAACCUGCCAGAAUACAUGGAGAGUCAAACUAAGCCCACAGAGAAAACAGAGAAAAAGGAAAACCUGCUACCCAAGGUUGAGAGGGUGUCUGAAGAAGGGUUAAAAGAGUUAAAUGAUGGGCCUUUGGACUUAUCUGAUCGGGGGAAGUCCAUAUCCAGUCAAGUGCCAAAAAGUGAUUCAUCCUCAGCCUUACAAGAUGGAACAAGAGUUCAAAAGAGCCCUGAAUUGGAAGUAAAUACAAAUUCUUCUGCAGACAUAGCAGAAUCAUCAUCUUCACCUAUUGUCAUUCCUUCAUCAUCAUGUGCAACGCCAGGCAAACAGACAGAAGAGCAAGCACCUGACAAGGAUCCUAACCACAAGGUAGAUAAAGAGCAGGAUCAGAAAGAGGAGGUGAACGGAAAGACGGAUGAAAGCAAGGGGAAGAAGGUGCCUAUCCUCACUCUAUCAUUACGGCCAGCAGUAGUGGUGUUGGAGACUCUGAACCCAGCUCUACAAAAGCAAGAUUCCUUAUCAUCAAAUGGCAAGUCAUCUUCGGCAACAGAUGAGCCAGAAACCAGCUCUGAUGAGCAGGACGAGGAAGACAGCCGGUCAGGACAAGAAAGCAAUCAGGGCUCCAAAAGGAAAAGGGCAUCUGUGGAGACAGACGCAGACAGAGAUUUCAACACAGACAGCAACAACCACCGGGAGAGGAAGCUCAAGAUCACAAUGAGAUCAGAGGAAAAGAGCCCUAGAUAAAGAGGAUGUCACACUGACUUGGUAAUUUUGCAAGAACUCUUCAUUAACCAUUUCAGAGUAAAAAGCACAACAAGCCAGUACAGGUAUAAUUUACAGAGGGGGGAAACAGAGUGCAGCCAUCAUCAGCCAAUCUGAUUCUGAGUCUAGCUGGUUAGUUUUUGUUUUAGCUCUGGUUCUCCGCAUGUUUCUAAAGGAAAUAUCUGACUCUUCAGCUGCUAAACUCUCUGUUACUUUCACUGACAGCUUUCUGCGUGGUAGGAAGUACAUUGUGGGUAUAUCUCUUCAUUUCCUUAUAACAGCUCUCUGCUGUGGCUAAAUAUUAAACUGAUAAGAAUGGCAAAUCAAAACUGUAUUUUCAGUGCAGUUGUGAGCCGUAAAAUGAAUAUUUUACUUGCUAAAUUCUAACAAAAACUCCAGAUUGCUACAGUAAAAGAAGCUACGCCGUCGGGUUAUUAUUAUCUGCAGUAAGCAACUGUUUUCAUCCAAGUAGUCAUGUGAUCCAGUCAUCAAAGACUACUUGGUAAAGGGCUUCUGCUGAUUAAACUGAAUUUUUCCGCCAAAACCCCAACAUUUUUUUGUUUUGUUUUUAUCAGCUGUACAUUAACGCUUUUGUCCACUUGGGGGCAGCAACUGCCCCUAAGGAACAUAGGAGUUGUGAACAUCCAGCAGACACAGCAAAACUUCUGUCAAAGGGAAUUCCAUCUAUUAGUUUCCGGAGAGUGGGAUUUAAGUAAGCAUGACACAAAAGCCCUGACUGACAGUGAGGAUGCAGCAGUAUGUCAUAGGACACUGGCUAAUGUUAACAUUGGGUCAAGCAAGCUAAAGUGGUACCUGGUACCAAACGUCCUUUCUGACAGAAGGUGUGCUUUUCAAAAGAGCUACACACUGUAGCAGUUUUUUGUAUUUACAACUUUCUCACCUAAGCUCCACCAUUUUCUGCCGCGUUAUAUUUUUCACGUCCCUGUGGUCAUAACUAGUUCAGGUUUUUUGUGCCAUGUUUCCUUCUUAGGGUGGGGGGCUGUAAUGCUCUACAACUUCCCUUUUCACCAGCUGUUAUAUAUAAAGUUGAAUGUUUAGCAGAGUAUUAUAUAAGUGGCUGUUGAUUUUGGUCAGUAAACAACAAAGGUUUCAUUUUCACCAGGGCAUUAAGUCUAAAAUGAUGAAAAAGAUAUGUGCACAAAGAAUAAAUACAAAUAAUACAAAUAAAUGACAUUCUUUAUCAGAAUAAGUCUUUUCCACAUGUCACCAUGGAGCUAAAAAUCUUCAUAUUUGCUAUGGUCUGAGUGGAAAUUUUAAUGUGAGCACAUGGUAUAUAGCAGCUAUUAGCAACUGGGUGGAAAACCAUCCUGUCUGACAGUCAAGCUUAGAAAGUCACCCAUUUUCUAACACCUACCAACCCAUUUUCAGAGUGCCAAAACACCCUCCUGUAUGACCAGCUGGAGACGAGUGCAGUCAGAGUCAGUGUUCUUGUGCACAAUAGUUACUUAUGUAUAUUCUAUGAGCUCUUCUCAGCUGCUGAUUGGUUAAAACAGCUCAAACCUAUUACGAGCUUUCAGGGUUUAAUGUUCUUUGGAAACACUAAACUUUGACUAAAAUCUGCAGAAUUCUCUUUUGUUCCUCAUCUUCGAGCGAAACGAAACACUGUCUGCACUGCUAAUGCUUAAAGAACUUCAGUCUCAGUUUCCUGGCAUGCCUAUCACUGCUUGGCUAAAAGAAAAACACGUAAAUCCUCUUACGUGGCUAACUUAGAAGAAUAUAAGAAAGAAAGUCCGAAGAGUAAAAGAAGUUCCUCUUCCUCUUUUCUCAUUUUCAGACGGCACAUAUUUUGCAAGUAUGAACUUUCCACUAACAGCUGUGACAACAACCUUUGCUUAGCCGGGUGGUAGAUGGGAAGUGAUAAAAGCAGAGAGACAGCUAAAGAAACUCUUGUGAUAAAGCACUGUGAAGCCACUGAGUCCAUUUUGUAUCGAUAUAAAAAAGGAUGGACUGGCAGAGUCAACUAAUCUCAAAUCUACUUAUUUUUCCUUCAUUUCAUUUUUUUUAAUGUCCCUGUGUAUGUACCCAGAUUUGCAGUCCUAAUGCUGUCAUAUUGAUUUCUCCUGUUUCUGUUAUGUGUGUCUGAUGCCAUUAUAGUCCAUUAAGUGUGGUAUUUUAUCAAUGGUCAGUGGUCUUUCCCUGCCAUUCGCAUCUCUUUGUUAAAGAAAAUGUGAUUGACUAUCCUACUGUAAGUGUACUGCUAUGUUCUGACUUUUAAACUGUCAAGCUAGAUGAUGUGCUGUUGAGAGUAUUUUUUUUUACAAUACUACAUUGUUAGAAACUUUUUAAUGAAUGUACUGUUACUGAUGUUGAAAUAAACUUCCAUUCUGAAAUGUU